CUAAAAUGUCAGGAGGACUAUCAGCAGGGGAACAAAUAUGCAUUCUAUACGUAGUAAUUAUGCCUAUACUAUUCAUUGUAAUGUUGGUUUUUGGUGCACUAUACUCUCACUCAAAUUACACCACUUCAAUUCCAUCUCUCAGUCCCUCUAUGAAUUCUGACCUCUCAGUUUCUCCAGAAGGUAUAAUUUCAUCUAAACUCGUAUAGACUUGACCACAUGGGAGAAGUAUGGGUUUGAGAUCUUGUAUAUGCCAAUGAACUUAUCAUUCUACAUAUAGCCGCCAUUCUACUAGGCCUUAACGGAAAAAGCUCUGAAGAUACUUGGGUCUUCAAGUGGAUCGGAACAAUCAUCUGGGCAUUGUCAUUUGUCUGAAUACAUAGAGACUUCUGAUACAUAAUAUUUCGGAUGGUAGAAUAUAAAUUCUGGGCUGCAGUACAUAUUCCUUUAUACACUUUCAUAUUUUUCUUACUCAUAUCGUCGUAUCUGACUAUUCUAUUUGGAGGCUUUAACACUUCACUAUUUUGGAUUGACAAACUUCCCUGAAAUCAUAGUGAUAUUAAUAUUUAUACUCUUGUGAUUGUUUUUUCUCAUGUGUUUCAAGCAAUCUGCAUUAUUUGUAGUUUCUUCAUACGUGAUUGCGUUGACUUUCUUACAAGUAAUGUUUAUGUUGUUGCAUGCCAAAAUUUGGUUUGGAUUACUCUUGUUCUCUACACUUUUGUUACCAAAAAGAGGCUCCAUGACACCAGAAGAGGACUUAGAAGCUAUUAUGAGUGGGCAGCCACAUUCAUGAUCAGUGUUCAUCUGACAUUCAGUGUGAACUAUUUCUUCAUUUUUGAGAGAGAAGACCAUUCAUCAGAGAUAAAAAUUGCAUUUUGCUUCAUAUUUGCAUUGGUCCAUAUAGUGUUGAUAUCCAUAUACAUGCUUCAUCAAUCUUCUUGUUGUGGACCAUUCUAUUCAAAGUAUGAAGAAAAACAUGGGAGUGCUUUGAGGUUCAUUCAAGAAGACUUUGAUCAAUGUGGAAUACAAGAUAUUCUACUUCCACAAUGAGAUUACUGAACAAACCUUUUAUCAGAACCUUGUGUUGAGUAUUUUAAUAAACGAAAAAUCUCAAGUAGAACUCUGGAAAAGUUAUUAAAACACAAAGAAACUUAUAUAAAAUCAAGAUGUUCCCACUUAUUCCAUCCUGAAUGCUACAUAAAAGUGCGUAAUUCUUCGAACUGACCAAUAUGUCACACUUCCCUGAGCAGCUUUGUAAGAUGAAGAGAGAAUGUGUACAUACUUAAUGAUUAG